AUGUCAGGAAAGAACGAGCAAGGGCAAAUCGACGUCAAGCAAAAGAAUGUUUUCAACGCGCCACUACAUAAGCACUCCUCAGAAAGGAAUGGCUCAUCUUCGCUGCCCUCCUCCAUUCAUGCAGGAAUGUGUGAUAGCAGCAACCCCAUCGCCGUGAUCCUAACAAACGCCUUCCUCGACUUCUCUUCCUCCAACGGAACGGACCUGCGGAAAGCCGGCGUGGGCCCCGGCCAACGCUUUUGCCUCGAAGCUUCCGUGUGGAAAAAUGCAGCGGAAAAGGAAAUCGGAGAGGUGCCCAAGGUCAAGCUGGAAUCUACACAUAUCAAGGCAUUGAACAGCGUGGGAUUGGAUGUACUGAAAAAGUGGGCCGCGGAACCCGAGGCCGAGUCUGCUCAGGACAAAGUGGUGAGGCCGGGGGAGGGAAAGGAGGGAUGGGCGCAGGAGAGUAACGAUAUUGGAGCCAAGGAUCCGAGAUCUUGA